CAACGGCUACAUCCCAUGUCCUUGAGAUAAGGAGCCCUAAUUUUGACCAUUAGGGAACUGAAACGUACUAAAGGGAACCCUAAGCUUACAGAAAACCUUCUAUGAUCUCUCUCUCUCUCUCUCUCUCUCUCUCUCACACACACAAUCACCAUUCGCUCUGUGAAAAGGAGCCUCAAUCUCUCUCGCUUUCUUUAUCAAUCACCAAGUGCUCAAGUGUUCUGUGAAUUUGUUGCUAUUCUCUGUUAUUUUCGCGUAGAUAUUUUUUGUGCUUUUUUCUGUUUUGCAGCUAUUUUCGAUUUUUUCUUUGCUCUUUUUCUUUAAUUCAUGGAUGCAGGUUCUCUCUCUUCGUCUGCUUCAAUGAAGCAAGAGAGGCGUUACCCUCUUCAUGAGCAAAUGGUUCCAAGAAGACCUUCUUCAAGGCAACAAUACAGUGAUAGAUUCAUCCCAGAUAGAAGAGCAAUGGACCUUGACGUUGCUCGGUAUAUGCUCAUGGAUUCAAAGAAAGAGAAUACCACCCCUGGUUCACCAUCAAAAGAGGCUUAUAGGAAGCGUCUCGCCGAGAUUGUAUUCCAAAAUAGAACAAGAAUCCUUGCUUUUAAGAGCAAGCCCCCAACCCUUGAGAGAGCUUAUGAGGAAGUUCUCUCAGAUAAGCAUCAAGUGCGUUCAGCCAAGACUCGAAGACAUAUUCCUCAGNCCGCUGAGAGGACCCUUGAUGCCCCAGAGUUGUUGGAUGAUUACUAUUUGAAUCUGUUGGAUUGGAGUUGUGGCAAUGUGUUGGCCAUUGCCCUUGGGAACACAGUUUAUCUAUGGGAUGGUUCAAAUGGAUCUACUUCUGAGCUAACAACCAUUGAUGAAGAAAAUGGCCCUGUUACCUCUAUCAAUUGGGCACCUGAUGGGAAGCAUAUAGCUGUUGGAUUGAACAAUUCUGAUGUCCAUCUCUGGGAUGCAACUUCGACUAAACAGCUACGAACUCUAAGAGGUGGUCACCGUGGGCGAAUUCCCUCUCUUGCAUGGAAUUCUCAUAUUCUCACUACUGGUGGCCAUGACGGCCUCAUUAUCAACAACGAUGUGAGAAUUCGAUCACACAUUGUGGAAACUUACAGAGGCCACCAACAAGAAGUUUGUGGCCUCAAAUGGUCUAAUUCAGGCAAACAACUAGCAAGUGGAGGAAAUGACAAUAUCCUCCAUAUUUGGGAUCAAAGCUUAUCUAAUUCCAGCAACUCACCGCUGCAUAGAUUAGAGGACCAUUUGGCGGCAGUUAAGGCAUUGGCUUGGUGCCCAUUUCAGAGCAAUUUAUUGGCUUCAGGUGGAGGUGGGGGUGAUAGGUGUAUCAAAUUUUGGAAUACACAUACUGGAGCUUGCAUAAAUUCAGUGGAUACAGGGUCUCAAGUGUGUUCAUUGCUUUGGAGUAAGAAUGAGAGAGAGUUGUUGAGCUCUCAUGGGUUUACUCAGAACCAAUUGACACUCUGGAAGUAUCCAUCUAUGGUGAAGUUGGCUGAGCUUAAUGGGCAUACUUCUAGAGUUCUAUUCAUGGCCCAGAGCCCAGAUGGGUGUACAGUGGCCUCAGCUGGAGCUGAUGAGACAUUGAGAUUUUGGCAAGUUUUUGGAGCUCCUGAACUCCUCAACAGCAAGCCUGAAGCUAAGACCUCAUUUGGCCCAUUCAGCAAUAUCAACCAAAUCAGAUGAGAGGGAGUAAAAGAGGGAGAAGGAGAACUAUUAUGAUCAAUUUCUAUGCAUGUCAGACUGAUUGGACAGAGAAAGAGGUAUACAAAUUUGCACAUCUCCUUUUUGUAAUUUUGUCCCCUGUUUAAUUGUAUUGUUAUGUGUAUUGGUUUUAACGCCAAAUGUUGUUUGGGGCAUAGUUUUUAUUUAUUUCUCAAUUAUUCUUUUAUGGCUCAGUAGGCAUGCGAGAAUUCCUGGAUCAAAAAAAUCAGUCAGUAGAUAAGUGUGUGUUUGUUGCAAUUUUUUUUAUCAUUAUUGAUUUUUAUUUAUAUUUUAUUGACUUGCUUUUUUCAAUUUUUUUAAUUGUCCUUUUGUGAGGUCUUUCAAGGCUCAGAAAAACAGCCAGCAGGGAGAAGACAUGCAUGAAAGAGAUCCAUGGAAUCGCUUGGAUCCACGAUCAGUCAAGUCUGUAUGAAUGUAUGAAAGAAGAGAUGGAUAUACAAUACGUUUCUCUAUAUAUCACUCUGAAAUCCACGAUCAGUCAAGUCAGUAUGAAUGUAUGAAAGAAGAGAUGGAUAUACAAUAUGUUUCUAUAUUAUCACUCUGAAAUUCUCUUAUCAGUCCCGUCCCAGAGUUUGACUUGUGCUGUGAGGUCUUUUCGAAGCUUGGAUCCCAGGAUCAGUCAAGUGUGUAUGAAUAUAUGAAAGAGAUGGGUACAAUAUGUUUCUGAAGUUCUAUAUCAGUCUCAGCACCCGUAGUUUGACUUGUGCUCUGAGAGAUGUAUCAAUAAUGUGGAGAGGAAAAUCGGAGAGAGGGGAAGAGAUGUAUUGUAUAGAUCGAGUUUUCUUCUGUUUUUUUCCUUUUGUCUUAAGUAGGUGAGGUCUUUUCAAAGCUUGGAUCCACGAUCAGUCAAGUCUGUAUGAAUGUAUGAAAGAAGAGAUGGAUAUACAAUAUGUUUCUAUAUUAUCACUCUGAAAUUCUCUAUCAGUCCCGUCCCAAAGUUUGACUUGUGCUGUGAGGUCUUUUCGAAGCUUGGAUCCCACAAUCAGUCAAGUGUGUAUGAAUAUAUAUGAAAGAGAUGGGUACAAUAUGUUUCUGAAGUUC